AUGGCAGCAGUCUUGAACCAUCAACGAAAGAUCCUCACCAUCAACAGGCCCGAUGCCCCGCAAAUGAACCAAACCUUGAUGCAAGCCUUCCACGAUGCGCUCGAGAACAACCCCUCGGCAGACCUCCUAUCCGUUGUCGGCGCUGCGUAUCUGCGCGCUCAUCGAGUAGCACAAUAUAAAGAGCUUUCCGAGACUGGCUGCCUCAAUUUCCUAACUGUAAACAAUCUCCACGAUGAGAUCAACGCUCACCCCGAGAUCAACCUGCGGGAUUAUUUCCCGUCAGACUACGACCGUCGAUACAGAUGGCUAAUGCCAACGGCAAAGGCAGAGGAAAAGACUCUUGAACCACCACAGAAAAAGGAACCUAGCGACUGGCUCUGCGAGAAGCUUUCUAGAAUCGACACUGCCAGUAUACUUUACCCGCUAUCGAACCAGGCUACGGCGCUGAUCCAGAAGUAUUCAGUGGACAAUAGCUAUUCUUCUCCGGAAACCGCGCUGGCGGCGGCAAUGAAAAUGCUCAUUUUGCAUUCGGAAAGGUUGUUUGACCUCAGCAUUAGAGGAGUUGUGGUCAAGUGCGGUGAUGAGCUUGCAAUCAAAGUGUUCCCUAAUAGCAGAGAUCUCACGGAGUAUCACAAUCUCCAAUACCUUGCUGCCCAUGCUGCUGAGCUUCCGAUUCCUAGAGUCCACGGUCUGGUUGCUCUUGGGACGUUCCGUGCUAUGUUCAUGUCAUAUAUUCCAGGCAUCACCCUUGACAAGGCAUGGCCAAGUCUAUCCCAUGAAGCAAAAUUAUCUCUUCGGAGACAGCUGGACUGGAUAUUCGUUCAACUCCGAAGUUUACAACAACGUGAUGGACUGCAGCUAGGAGGUGUAGGUGGGGAAGGGGUUAAGGACUAUCGUAUCAUGGAAGUUUCUUCCAAAAAGGGUAUAAUCACAGCAUGGCAAUUUGAUGAGCUGCAAUUCUCUGCGAAACAUCGUGCAAGCCCUUCCUACGCCAAGCUACUUCGCUCCUUUUUGAAGAAGGAAAAUAAAUCUCUUCGGGGUUCAGUGUUUACACACGGUGAUUUAAAGAAAACAAAUAUCCUGGUCGAAAAAGAUCCUCGCAACGCGGACGCUUAUAUUGUAACUGGGAUUAUUGAUUGGGAGGAGGGUGGUUUCUAUCCCGAAUACUAUGAGUGCACGACGUUGUCAAAUGGACAGAGCAUUGAGACUGACGAUGAUUGGUAUCUCUAUGUGCCAGACUCCAUUUCACCCUUACGAUUUCCUAACCUCGAGGAUGAAAUCCUGGCAACUAUAAUCAGACACCUCGUUGCGGAUAGGUGUCUCUUGUGCGAUGAUUUUGACGGUCUCGACAUUGCUUGUAUCAAUCUCACACAGGGAACAGAGCUCGAUAAGGGAAUUCGAAAUGUUUGCGUCCGAUCGCGCUCGAACUUCAAUGAAAUAUUUCCGUCGAGCACCAAGGAGAUGAAUGAUGGUCUUUUUAGUUGUCUCUGCCGCAUCGAUGAACAAGCUCCAGUGCUUGAUGCCCGGGUUUUGGUAAAUGGCUACCCUUAG